UGUUGUCUGCACUCGGCACAUAUAAGUCCAGUUUUGAGGCUGAGGGGCCCACCAGUGCGUCACAAUGGGUCCCUGUACACUGCUAGUGUUUGGUGCGCUGGCGAGCUGCGCUGUGGCCCGCGUGGACGACUCUGCCCCGCCGUGGCUGUACGGGCCGGCCCAGCCUGACUCGGAGUGCCCCGCGUACUGCGGCAGCAAGUGCAGCGCCGCGUGCGUGCGCUGCGAGUGCCCCGAGCAGUGCGUGCAGAACUACGACCCGGUGUGUGCGCGCUGCGAGGCCGGACAGCCACAGACCUUCCCCAACUGCUGCGCCUGGCACAGGGCCGUCUGCCGCUUCCGCAGGCAGUGCGACUUCAACCACAUGGGUGUUUGCUAACGUUUUGCCACUUCAAUGAGGAAAUGAAGUUUCUGAA